AUGUCCCCCAAAAGCACAAUCUUCCCGUCGGGCUUCCUCAUCUUCCCGCUGGAUGCCCCCCUCCUGCUCCCCGCGCCCGUCCGGUCUGUGUGUCCCCGGCCCAAUCGGAGCAACCGGCCGCCGCCCCCGAGACCGCUGGGACCCGGGACUCGCGGAGACCCAGACUCGCGGGGACCCGGGACUCGCGGAGACCCAGACUCGCAGGGACCCGAACUUGCGGAGACCCGCCGGGACCCUCCCGUCCGGACGCCCCGGCGCGUGAAAGAGGAAGCGCGCGUCCCCGCCGGGGCAGGAGCGGGGCACCCAGCCCGGCGCCCACCUCGGGUGUCCUGCCCGCGGCGGUCCGCGCCGGGCCCAAGGCGCCCCCGGCCCCGCCCCGGCCCUCCUCCGGCCCGCCCCCCGGCCCUCCCCCCGCCCCCCGGCCCUCCGGAACGCCUGCCCCGCCCCGGCCCGCCCCGCUCCCCCGCGGGCUCGGCGCUGGCGCCAGAGCCGGAGCUCCUCUCCCGGAGCGGCCGGGAGGAUGCGGGCCCGGGCGGAGCGCCGCGCCAGGGGCAGCUGGAGGCGAGAAGGAAAGUCGCGGGCGGCGGUUCCGCCUGCCCACGCCCCCUGCCACCCCCGGGGCCUGGUGUGGGCGGCCCAGACCGCAGGCUCGCAGCCCGGAGCGCUGCCCGGGCCCGGGGGCGCUGGUGACCCCAGAGCCGCGGGCACCUGGCUAGUCCCGUCCACAGCGCCUUGCCAGCUGUGUUCCUGUCCUCAUCUGCGUGGGAGCAAAUGUGGCCAGUAGUCAAGGUGGAGCAGCCAGCAGAAAGUGCCUGUGGUGAGAGAGACUCUGAGCCGGGGGGAAGGAGAGCCCCCCUCCCCAGGUGAAGCCGGGACUGUCACGUAGACAGGGAGCGUGUGAAGGCUCGGGCCUGACUGUUUCUUCAGCUACAAAUCACCCACUGGAUCCUGCGAGCUCCUGGGUGGUUGGGGGAGAGCGAGACAGUGUGGGUGACCGCGCUGGCAGUUGCAAAGCUACUGUGGGGGAAGCGGGAGGAUUCCCCCCCACCUUUUCCUUAAGCUUCUUAUGGCUGGUCAAAUAAUUAAAGAGGCAGGUCGGCGGAGAAAAUCAAACUUUAAUAGCAUGCAUACACGGGAGAAACUCAGGGGACACUGAGUAACUCAGCCAGCUGGCCGAGGCUGCCUAUUUAAGCAUCUUCAGCUGCAAAGUUUGGGGCUUCAAAGGGGAGGAAGGCAACCCUCAUGGCAAUGGAAAAGCAAAUGUUUGGUAAAUAGAACUUUGAUGAGAGUGGGCUUAGCAAGGAUCCCCCCAGUCUGCUGGAGCCCAGAGUUAUCUAUGGUGACGGCCUGUUCCCAAAAUUUAUUUUAAAUUUCUUUUAGGCAGUUGCUGGGGAAGGUCGAAUGUUUUUGCUGCCUUUAUUGUCUUCAGCUCGAAAUAAUCCACGUACCACUGUGGCGCAUCUUGGGGCAGCCUGCCCUGAACCCCAUCACUACACCAAUGCCCAGGAUUUUCUGGGCCCCCAAAGCAAAUGCCAGUGGUCUGGAAUAACUUGUCUGAAGCUAAUUUUCCUUUGCAGAGGGUCCUAUGCUCAUCACAUGUUUAAGAAGAACCGAGUAGGAGGUCACCUUUCCCUCCUUUCUUUAAAAAAAGGUCUUCCUAGGGCCAACCCUGGUGUCCUAGUGGUUAAGUUCAGCAUGCUCUGCUUUGGUGGCCAGGGUUCAGUUCCCAGGU